AGCAAACAUCACCACCCACACCGUCCACAUCCCGACGUCGACGCGACAACCGCCAAAAUGGGUAGACUUCACAGCAAAGGCAAGGGCAUCAGCGCGUCCGCCCUCCCCUACUCGCGCAACCCCCCCGCCUGGCUCAAGACCACCCCCGACCAGGUCGUCGACCAGAUCUGCAAGCUCGCCAAGAAGGGCGCCACCCCUUCCCAGAUCGGUGUCAUCCUGCGUGAUUCCCAGGGCAUCGCUCAGGUCAAGAUUGUCACUGGCAACAAGAUCCUCCGCAUCCUCAGGUCGAACGGCCUUGCCCCCGAUAUUCCGGAGGACCUGUACCAGCUGAUCAAGAAGGCUGUCUCCGUCCGCAAGCAUCUCGAGCGCAACCGCAAGGACAUGGACUCCAAGUUCCGCCUCGUCCUCAUUGAGUCGCGCAUCCACCGUCUCGCUCGCUACUACAAGACCGUCGGCGUCCUGCCCCCCACCUGGCGGUACGAGAGCGCCACUGCCAGCACCAUCGUUGCGUAAGCGAUGUUUGAGCUUGGUCAUAUGGACCUCAUCAGCAGGGAUUGGGAUUGGACCGGCCCAUUACUUUCGGCCAUUUUGUGGACAUGAAUGAAAAGCAAAGCACCCAGGUUGUCAUUGGAGUUAGGGAUAGGAAACUGCAUUUACGGCGUGGCAGCUUGCUCCUGGGUCACCGCUGGCGGCCUCUUGACGGUGAAGCAAAAGGGUUAUAAAUGACCGAAUGGGCGAAGACGAUUCCCAUAUCCUCCAUUAUCCGCGCCGACCCCGCCCAAUGCUCUCUGGGGUAUCAUGAUCCAUAGUGUGACGCCUCCCCUAGACUCAAUACCCCACCUUUAACGCCUGUAACCAUGUCGAUCCCUCUUCCGUUCAUAUAGCAGCUAGCCCAGCGUACGCGAUAAGAAUAACAAACAAAGCAAAGAAAUUCAAAAAAUUACUCAGUGCCUUCCAACUCCUUGGAUCGUUGAAUAAGGAAUUCGCCAAGCUUC